AUGAUGCUUGCUGUCUUGAGUUUUCUCCUUCUGUUGGCCUUUGUUGCGGCGCAACCAAGCAAUAUUGAUGGUGUCACCAUCUUGGAUCCGGAGGAUUUCAAGAGCGGAAUUGAUUCUGGAGAGUAUGAUGCGAUCAUUGAUGUGCGCAGCCAAAGUGAAUGGGACGCUGGUCACAUUGAAGGAGCUACGUUGGCCCUGAACUUGGCGGCGUAUCCCAGUGAUGAAGUUGAAACUGCUUCUCCUACUGAUUUCGCUGGUUGUGAAACUUGUACCAUUGUGAUAUAUUGUCGAUCUGGUGCAAGGGCUUCCGUCGCACUGCAGAAUAUGAUGGCGGCUGGAUUCAAUGGUACUUUGUACAAUGGCCAAGGAACCAAUCAAUGGGAAGAUGCUGGAUAUAGCCUAAUCAAUGGUGACUCGGUGGUUCCCCCGUGUGAACUGAAUGAGAUUGGUCAAUGUACCGCUACCGCACCAUCCACUGCUCCCACCCCCGAAGAAGUCAAGGUUACAGUCAUAGAGCCUGAAACCUUCAAGAACGGAAUCGAUAAUGGAGAAUUCGAUGCCGUCAUUGAUGUACGAACACAAGAUGAAUGGGACGAAGGUCACAUUGAAGGUGCUACCUUGGCCUUGAACUUGGCCUUGUUUGGAACCGGUGGCACUGCAUCCCCGGCGGAUUUUACGGGUUGCGAAACCUGUACCAUAGUUGUAUAUUGCCGAUCCGGCGGGCGAGCCUUGGCAGCACUGGACCAUUUGAUUGCCGCUGGGUUUAAUGGUACAUUAUACAAUGGACAAGGAACCAGUCAGUGGACAAAUGCGGGAUACCCUCUAGUCACCACUGAUUCAAUGCUACCGCCCUGCACGAACACUGAAAUUGGGACCUGUACGGCUGCAAUGAGUAUGGCUCCAACAGACAUGCCGACCGGAAUUACGCCAGAUGAUUCGACAAUGGCUCCAACAACCAUGACGACCGGAGAUACGCCCGAAGAUUCGGCUUCCACUGCUAUUCAUUCCUGGCCGAUGCCUCUGCUGGUUGGACUACUAUCGGUGUUUGUUGUUUAG